UGGUAUUCAGAAAACAGAGUAUAUUUAGCGUUUUGAUGUUAUUUAUUAUACUUUUGGAGAAAAGCCUUCAGAGGAUGAGCAAUGCAAUCCCCUUAGCCCACUGAAUCUGUGCUCUAAACUGCAUCAGCCUCUGUAGUUAUACUAGCUACAACGUCAUUGGCUUAUUUCACUUUUUGUUUUCAUUUCAGGGUCAUUAUUUAAAAUGUUUAAACUUGGAUAAUAUAGAAAUUUAUCAUCAAACACAGUUUUCUUUUCUUAGUAACACCCAUCUAUUUUUGAUAAGGUAUUUUUUUUUGAAAAUUUUCUGGGAAAUUUAGUACAGGUAGAUGUAAGGGCAAUUUCGUAUCUUUUGUACCAUAACAGUGUUAAUGACUUAACAGUAAAAAUCUUUUCCAGGAGAUUUUUUUAAAGACCUAAACUGAUCAUCUGAGCAACUACAAAUACAGUAGCGAUGUGGCCAAAUCAAGGUCCUACUCCUCCAAUGGGUCAACAAAACCCAGCCUUUCCCCCUGGUUACAACCCUGCAUUUCCCACUGCAUCAGGAAUGUUCCAACCAGUUCCAAACGCUGGGUUCCCAGCUGGGCAAUACCCAGCAGGGCAAUUCCCAGCUCCCAUGAACCCAGCAAUGGUUCCCAAUGCACCUUCAGGCGGUAUGCCUUAUGGAGCUCCUGGAGCUCAUGCAUAUCCCAUGGCUCCUGGAGGUGUUCAUCCAGGUCAAUGCUAUCCCUCUUCCAAAGGCGACCACCACAAGGGCCACCACAAGGGCAAACACAAGGGCGAACACAAGGGCAAACACAAGGACCACCACAAGGAUCUCCAUCCUGGCGGGUUUUACCCAGGACCUGGAAUGGUAGUUGGAGGACAUGGACAUAAAAAGGAUAAGAAGAUGAAGAAGAUGAAGAAGGGUCACAAGCAUGGACACAAAGGUCAUGGCAAGUCAUCCAGCAGCAGCAGUAGCAGCAGCAGCAGCAGCAGUGACUCAGACUAAAUGUCCAGCUUCUUACCUCCUAAAAUUUUAGCACUUUUUUUUAGGAGCACUUUUGGAAGCUCCUAAAAUUCUGCUUCUAAAAGUGAAACACAGUUCAUUAACUAAAAGGAAAUCUUAUCAUUUUACCUGUAAACCUAUCGUGUUUCAUAAUAUCCUUUUAUAGUCUUUUUAUGAGACUAAAACCGCAUGUACACAAUUUUUUUUUUUCCUUUUAGUGUUUGACACCCUGUUACUUUUCCUCCAUGGAUUUUAAUGUUUAACAUUUUAGUUAUGGUUACUGUAUUGUUACUGCUCAUUCUCUUUGUUUUAAUUUAGAGAAAAAGACAUUUCUCUUAUAAAGUGUUUUUUUUUUUUUUGUAUUUGGUAUUGGUUUAAAUAAUCUCAAAUAAACUAUAAUAAUGUGUGAAAGUUUUUAUUUUCAUUUUGAAUGGAAUAUAUUUUUUUGUAUUUGGUAUUGGUUUCAAUAAUCUUAAACUAUAAUAAUGUUGGUCUUUUUAUUUUCAUUUUGAAUGGAAUAAUUUUUUUUGUUUUGUAUUUUGUGUUGAUAAAA